CGUCGGGGUCGCGCGUCGGGCGCGCCGUGGCCCCGUCGGGGCGGCGGGAGCUGCGGAGCCGCCAUGGCGGACCUGGAGGCCGUGUUGGCCGACGUCAGCUACCUGAUGGCCAUGGAGAAGAGCAAGGCGGCGCCGGCUGCGCGCGCUAGCAAGAAGGUCGUCCUGCCGGAGCCCAGUAUCCGGAAUGUGAUGCAGAAGUAUCUUGCAGAGAGAAACGAAAUAACCUUUGACAAGAUUUUCAAUCAGAAAAUCGGCUUCCUGCUAUUUAAAGACUUCUGUUUGAACGAGAUUGACGAAGCCGUGCCUCAGGUGAAGUUCUAUGAAGAGAUAAAAGAAUAUGAGAAACUGGACAAUGAGGAGGACCGGCUGCGCCGGAGCCGGCAGAUGUACGACGCCUACAUCAUGAGGGAGCUCCUGUCCUGCACACACACAUUCUCCAAGCAAGCUGUGGAACACGUCCAGAGCCAUCUCUCCAAGAAACAGGUGACAGCUACCCUUUUUCAGCCAUAUAUCGAAGAAAUCUGUGAGAGCCUGCGAGGGGAUAUUUUCCAAAAGUUUAUGGAAAGUGAUAAAUUCACCAGGUUCUGUCAGUGGAAGAAUGUGGAAUUAAAUAUUCAUCUCACCAUGAACGACUUCAGCGUGCACAGGAUUAUUGGCCGAGGAGGGUUUGGGGAAGUUUACGGCUGCAGGAAAGCAGACACCGGGAAAAUGUACGCCAUGAAAUGCUUAGACAAGAAGAGAGUGAAGAUGAAGCAAGGGGAGACGCUGGCCUUGAACGAAAGGAUCAUGCUGUCCCUCGUCAGCACUGGGGACUGUCCCUUCAUUGUCUGUAUGACCUACGCCUUCCACACACCGGACAAACUCUGCUUCAUCCUGGACCUGAUGAAUGGGGGCGACAUGCACUACCACCUCUCCCAGCAUGGGGUGUUUUCUGAGAAGGAGAUGCGCUUUUAUGCCAGCGAGAUCAUCCUGGGUCUCGAGCACAUGCAUAACCGCUUCGUCGUCUACAGAGACCUGAAGCCUGCGAACAUCCUCCUGGAUGAAUACGGGCAUGUGAGGAUAUCUGAUCUUGGCCUCGCCUGUGAUUUCUCCAAAAAGAAACCUCAUGCCAGCGUGGGCACCCAUGGGUACAUGGCUCCCGAGGUGUUGCAGAAGGGGACAUCUUAUGACAGCAGCGCUGACUGGUUCUCCCUGGGCUGUAUGCUCUUCAAGCUCCUGCGAGGCCACAGCCCUUUCCGACAGCAUAAAACCAAAGACAAGCAUGAGAUCGACCGCAUGACCCUAACAGUGAACGUGCAGCUUCCGGACGCCUUCUCCCCGGAACUGAGGUCCCUCCUGGAGGGUUUGCUCCAGCGGGACGUGAGCCGGCGGCUGGGCUGCGGCGGAGGCGGGGCACAAGAGGUGAAGGAACACAUCUUCUUCAAGGGCAUCGACUGGCAGCAUGUGUACUUACGGAAGUACCCGCCACCCCUAAUCCCUCCUCGGGGAGAGGUCAACGCUGCAGACGCCUUUGAUAUUGGCUCCUUUGAUGAAGAGGACACCAAAGGCAUUAAGCUGCUGGACUGCGACCAGGACCUCUAUAAGAACUUCCCACUGGUGAUCUCUGAACGCUGGCAGCAGGAAGUGGUGGAGACCAUCUACGAUGCUGUCAAUGCUGAUACGGAUAAAAUCGAGGCCAGGAAGAGGGCUAAAAAUAAGCAGCUUGGUCAGGAGGAAGAUUAUGCCCUGGGGAAGGACUGCAUCUUGCAUGGGUUCAUGCUGAAGCUGGGGAACCCCUUCCUCACACAAUGGCAGAGGCGCUACUUUUACCUGUUCCCCAACAGACUAGAGUGGAGAGGAGAAGGCGAGUCUCGGCAAAAUUUACUGACCAUGGAUCAGAUCCUGUCUGUGGAGGAGACCCAGAUUAAAGACAGAAAAUGCAUUUUAUUCAGAAUAAAAGGAGGGAAGCAGUUUGUCCUACAGUGUGAGAGUGACCCCGAGUUUGCACAGUGGCUGAAGGAGCUGACCUGCACCUUCACGGAGGCCCAGAGGCUGCUACGCCGCGCCCCCAAGUUCCUCAACAAACCUCGAACCACCAUCCUGGAGUUCUCCAAGCCACCACUGUGCCACAGAAAUAGCAGUGGCCUCUGAACCACAGAGCAGCAGGGCCUGCAGCAGGAGCCUCGGCUCUUCAGCCCAGGAGUGGAAUGGAGCCACAGGGAGCCGUGUGGGGCUAAGACACAGCAGUUCUCAGCACAGGGCUGCUCCAGGUUGGGGAUGCCCAUGACACCAAGAUGGCCCUGCAGGAGUUGGGACAUCCUCUGGGCUGGCCUGUCCACACUCGAAAUUAAUGAAGAGGCAGAAGGCAUUUUUCCAUGCACCCACUUACCUUGGUAUCCGUGGCCUCAGAACGUGAAAUGACCCUUACCGCUCCAGCUGGCAUUGAGUGUACCCAGGGUGGGACCACAGUGUCUAGGGCUGCAGGUAGCCCACCCUAGCACUGAUGUAUCUGAGUGCCUGUCCGAAGUUUGGAGGUUGUGACUCCAAACCCUGGAGGAGGAGGCACAGUAGCCUAGAGUCUCUGUAGGUCAGGGAUAACCUCCUGGCUGUCCCUAGGUGAUGAGGUAACACCGAACACCACGUGCACUCCCUUCCUCUGAUGGCUCUGCUCUAGGGAUGCCAGUCCAAGAGCAGAGGUAGGCAUGUCCCCUUGUGGAAUCGCCAUGGCAUCCAUCAUGGCUACUUCUGGUCAGCAUGACCGGAGGAGAUGCCCCAGGACUUCAAGUCAAGCCAGGGUAUAGGUAACCCACCAGGCAGUUCGUGCACGAGCUUGGGGUCUCCAGGAUGGGUAGGUCUGUGACAGAGUCCUGUUCCCUCUGCCUGGCCUGGGAAGCAUAGCCAAGGAUGUGCCCAAGGCAGAAAAGAAUUGCUGCCUCUCCCUUCAGUGUAAUUUAUAAUGAACUCACGCUGGUGGGUGCCAGUGUCCAGCGGUCUCCUGUGCACCCUGGCAUGCCCACAUCCUUCUGUCAUUAAUGUGCUAUGCACUGGGUUAUUCUGACGGGGGCGGCAGUACCCUUCCCCUAAAGGUUAUUUCUUCCACUGCCGCCCUGAGUCAACGCUGGGUCCCCAUGUACACUGAAACAGAAGUCCUCGAAGGUCUCCGUGGACUUGUCCCAUUCCUGGGGGCUGUGUUACAGAGUUUCUAGAUAAACUGCUGAGCACAUAAAGAAACCUGGCAUUGAAAUUCUUUGCAUUCUGUCCUGGAUCUUUCUAACAGUUCCCGGUAUGUAUCCUUGUGUUUAUGUGCUGGGAAAAUAAGGUGUUUAUUUAUUAUUUAUUUAUUUUUUUAAAUCGCAAUCACCUUUUGAGAGUUUGGAAGGUAAUUUACCUGUUACUGUGCAGGUGCAUGGGGGAGCUAAGGGGCUUGGUGCCCAUUCAGGGUUUUGAGUUCACAUACAUGUGCCACAGUUCACUGCCUUCAGUGUGGGAACAUGGAUGGCUAUUACCUGGCACAGGCACCCUGUUUGCUUAAAGAGAAUGGCAUUCCGAUUCAUUGCACACGUAGUUAAGUAUUGAUGUUACCGUGUGGGCAUGGCUGGAGUGGGCAGUUCACACAAGCUCAGUCAUACCUGCAGGGUGAGGGCUGCAUUUCCAGCCUUUUCAGGGAAUAUACAGGACCCUCAGCCAAUUGGGAGGGAGGCUUGACCCCAGCAGGUGUUGGGCUAGCCCAACUAAAUCUUGUAUUGGGGUUAUAGCUACACCAAAGGGUUUUUAAAGAUAACCCAGGAUCACGAGGCCUGUACCUGUAUAACAUUGAGCCAGACUCUCAUUGACAUCAUGUGUUAUCAUUUUAACUGAGUCUGUUUUAAGGUUCCUUCCCUUUUGGAAAGGAGUUGUGUGUGUGUUUCCUAAAAAUCCCCCUGCCUCAGACUUACUCCAAGUAAACCAUUUUAUCCCCUCAGUCCCAUUGCCUUCAUGAGGACACAGUUGAGAGAGAGGGCAGAUGGUCCUUGCUGCAGUCCUCAAGAUUCACAUGGGGGGGUGGUGAUGGGCCACCAGAGGCCGUCUUUUUACCAAGACGUGAUGAGGUGUGUCCUGGGCCCCCAGGGUGGAAGGAGAACCCGGCUUUCAAUGCAUGGCUGUUUGAAAGGUCCCAUCAUGGUGGUAGGUCCCUAGAUGCCAGAUGCUCUUGGUACCAUUAACAGAAUGAGCCCGUGUGUUUCUCCUUAUUCCAGUUUUCGGGAAGCGUACUUAACGUGAUCGAAGAUGUUCCAGGUGUUGCUGUUUUUAUGUAGUUAUGUACUAAGAAGCCUUGGCUUUGUAAAACAAGAAUAUUAGAUCAUUUUAAAGCAGCUAUGUGACAGACGCUAAAUUAAAACCUUUGGCAACCCCAGCUCAUUUAUUUUUUAACCUAAAAUACCCUCUUGUCCUUGGGACUCCCCGCUCCUGCCUCCAAGCUGUGGUUAAGUGUGAUUUUUCAGCAAAGCCUAUAGAAAUCAUCUCACUGUAAUGGUUAGUAGGGGGACCUGUCUCACUGUUGAUACAGAGGCCUGCACACUGAUGGAGCCACUGGCUGACAUUACAAACUGUAAAACCAGCAGUGGAUGGUGGCCUACUGGGGAAGAGAUGACAUCCUUUCAAGAAAGACAUUAUUGGACAGACUUAAUGCAGCAGGCUCACGAGCCCAGCCUCAAUUGGCAGAGGCAGCAGGCUUAUGAAUUUGAGGCUAGCCUGGGCUACAUAGCAAGGCCUUGCCUUCAGAACACCAAGGGCUGUGGCAGUAGCUCUUGCCUCACAUGUCCACAGUUCCGGGUCUAAUCCCCACGUGGUGGAGGGUGGGCAGCCGACUGUCAGCCAACUCAUACGACUUAGCUUGAGUGGCCCCUUGAUCUUGGCCAUGUGCCUGUUAGAAGAGGCUGUUCCAAGGCCCCGCUACCCAUGGUUAUUCACCAGUGGACAGUGUGGCGGAGGGUCAGAGCUCCCCAGGACAGGAACUGGGCCAUUUCAGAUUCCUGACUGUCCAAUGGAUGUCAUGGAGAAUUAUGUGGUAGGGCCAGGGCAGGUGGGGAAGGUUUGCCCAGUUGGCCGAUGGAAACCACCACAUUCUCCUGACGGAGCACCAAGGAAGGAGGCUGGUGGGAGACCCCCUCAGAGUUCCAAAGUUACUACCGCAAGGCUUGCUUGCUUUGUUCCUGAGGCUGAGAGGCCCCCCUCAUGACGGCACUCUGUGUGCCUCACUGGACGUUCCCAGGAAGGUACAUCCCUGCACACUGAAUCUGUCACCUGACACUGUAGACCAGUGGAAAGAGACAGUGUCCUGGUCACUGUUAUUGACUGUGCUGCUGGGUUGUGGUUAAGUAUCUAACUGACUGCUAGGGAACCCCAGAAUGACACCAUGGGCCUUUCUGCACAUUUAACUCCAUUUCCACUCUGAACUUUUAUAACUUAAAUUUUCAAAAAUUAAAAAAAAAAAACAACUUUUCUUUUCCUGAGUAAGGUUUACUUGGAAGUUUUAACUGCUCCCAUUUGUGUUAAUGGGAUUGCUUUAUCCAGGCCUCCUUUUCGUUUGUUUGUUGCUAUGGAGUGAAGAAAGCCUGACUGUAAGCCUCGUCUACUCGGUCGUAAUGGAGUUUUCUCUGUUGAUUUGCUUUUGUUUGCCUAAAGAAUAGGGGAGAACGGAGUGGGGUAUCUCAUAUCCCAGCCUCAGUAAUCAGGAUGCUGAGACAGGUGGAUGGCAAGUCCCAGGUCAGCCUGGGCUAUGUCGUGAAACCCUGCCUUAGAAAUAAGUAACUAACAGACUAAGAGUUGUUGCUUUUAUGACACAUUACAGGUGCGACCACUCCUGCCAGCCAUGGGGAGGUGCUGUGUUCCUGCCAUGUGCAGAACCCACACAUUUCAAAUGGCCUUUAUUAAAAACAGAGAUCCAGAGAGUGGGUUCAAAGUGUUCAUCGUUCACAAAGAACGAAGACUCUCUCACAGUUAAUUCAAACCCCCAUAGCUCCCCAGCACCAGAGUCCCUUCUGGAAACCAACACCUCUGCCUCCUUCUCUUUUUAGUUGGUCCUAGAGGUAAAACGUCUUUGAUAGUAGGGUGGGGGUGGAGCAGUCAGUCCAGUCGUAAGCUGUGAUUUUUGUUCGUUUGUUUGUUUGUUUGUUUGUUGGUUGGUUUGGUUACUUACCUGCCCAUUGGUUGUAUGUAUUGCAUGUGGAUUAUACACUCAACA